CCUUAGGUCGCUGUGGGAGCCUUACAGGUUAAAGCAAAGGAACAAACGUAAGCCAAGCAGCUGAGUCUUUGCGCAGGACCCUGGCGCCCCAGCCGCAGGUGCUGCGCCCCCGGGAGCCACGAUGUGCAUCCUCUCAGAACCUGUGGGCCUCACUGCCCUCACUGCCCUCCAUUUCCUCCUCGCAGGCCCCCACAUCCCUCAGAAUGACGUUGGACGUGGGGCCGGAGGAUGAACUCCCUGACUGGGCUGCGGCCAAAGAGUUUUACCAGAAGUACGACCCUAAGGACAUCAUUGGCAGAGGAGUGAGCUCUGUGGUCCGCCGCUGUGUCCAUCGAGCUACCGGUGAUGAGUUCGCAGUGAAGAUCAUGGAGGUGUCUGCUGAGCGGCUGAGUCUUGAGCAGCUGGAGGAGGUGCGGGAUGCCACACGGCGAGAGAUGUACAUUCUUCGCCAGGUCGCUGGCCACCCCCAUAUCAUCACUCUCAUCGAUUCCUACGAGUCUUCUAGCUUCAUGUUCCUGGUGUUUGACCUGAUGCGGAAAGGAGAGCUGUUCGACUAUCUCACGGAGAAAGUAGCCCUCUCGGAAAAGGAAACCAGGUCCAUCAUGAGGUCUCUACUGGAAGCAGUGAGCUUUCUCCAUGCCAACAACAUUGUACAUCGAGACCUGAAGCCUGAGAAUAUUCUCCUAGAUGACAAUAUGCAGAUCCGCCUUUCAGAUUUUGGGUUCUCCUGCCAUUUGGAAGCUGGCGAGAAGCUUCGAGAGCUGUGCGGGACUCCGGGGUAUCUAGCACCAGAAAUCCUUAAAUGCUCCAUGGAUGAAACCCACCCAGGCUACGGCAAGGAAGUCGACCUCUGGGCUUGUGGGGUGAUCCUGUUCACGCUUCUGGCUGGCUCACCACCAUUCUGGCACCGGCGCCAAAUCCUGAUGCUACGCAUGAUCAUGGAAGGCCAGUAUCAGUUUACUUCACCUGAGUGGGAUGAUCGUUCAAACACCGUCAAAGACCUGAUCUCCAAGCUGCUGCAGGUAGAUCCUGAAGCACGUUUGACAGCGGAUCAAGCCCUACAGCACCCCUUCUUUGAGCGCUGUGAAGGCAGCCAACCUUGGAACCUCACACCUCGCCAGCGGUUCCGGGUGGCAGUGUGGACAAUACUGGCUGCCGGACGAGUGGCCUUAAGCAGUCACCGUUUACGGCCACUAACUAAGAAUGCACUAUUGAGAGACCCCUAUGCACUGCGGCCAGUACGGCGCCUCAUCGACAACUGUGCCUUCCGUCUCUAUGGGCACUGGGUAAAGAAGGGUGAGCAGCAGAACCGGGCAGCCCUCUUCCAGCACCAGCCUCCUAGGCUGUUCCCCAUUGCUGCCACUGAACUCGAAGGAGACUCCAGUGCUAUCACAGAGGAUGAGGCUACACUGGUACGGAGCUAGGGCCUUAUCCCUGGGCAAGCCAGAAAGGACUCUCCAGGAGGACACUUUUUUUUCUAUCAUUCCAACUGUUUGGGACUCAGACCUUAGCCCUCCCUUGCCAAGCCUACAACUGAGAAUGCUGCUUGUCACAGAAACCAGCCCUUUACCCCUACUACUCUGGACUUGGAAACCAGGGCAGAGAUGGAAGGGAGCCUCUUCCAGGGUUGUGCCUGGCCUAGCUAUCGCCACCUGUGCUGCAUCUGAAAUAAAACCUGUCACAAG